UUGUCCCUAAACGUCAAUGCAGGGGGAAAAGAAACCAGACUUCCAGCCUCCACGGGGAUGUGGCAGACUCAUGUCCCCUGUAGUUGUUUAGGACGUGGUGCGUUCCGCUUGAUCACGUGAGCCGGCUCCAAGAUGGCGGCAGGGGUGGCCGGGUGGGGGGUUGAAGCAGACGAGUUCGAGGAUGCUCCUGACGUGGAGCCGCUGGAACCCACGCUUAGCAAUAUCAUCGAGCAGCGCAGCCUUAAGUGGAUCUUCGUCGGCGGCAAGGGUGGCGUGGGUAAGACCACCUGCAGCUGCAGCCUGGCGGUCCAGCUAUCUAAAGGACGUGAGAGUGUUCUAAUCAUUUCCACAGACCCAGCCCACAACAUCUCAGACGCUUUUGAUCAGAAGUUCUCCAAGGUGCCUACCAAGGUCAAAGGCUAUGACAACCUCUUUGCUAUGGAGAUAGACCCCAGCUUGGGCGUGGCAGAGCUCCCUGAUGAGUUCUUCGAGGAAGACAACAUGCUGAGCAUGGGCAAGAAGAUGAUGCAGGAGGCCAUGAGCGCCUUCCCUGGCAUCGAUGAGGCCAUGAGCUAUGCCGAGGUCAUGAGGCUGGUGAAAGGCAUGAAUUUCUCAGUGGUAGUAUUCGACACAGCACCCACCGGACACACACUCAGACUCCUGAACUUCCCCACCAUCGUGGAGCGGGGCCUGGGCCGCCUCAUGCAAAUCAAGAACCAGAUCAGCCCCUUCAUCUCACAGAUGUGCAACAUGCUGGGCCUGGGGGACAUGAAUGCUGACCAGCUGGCCUCCAAGCUAGAAGAGACGUUGCCUGUCAUCCGAUCCGUUAGCGAGCAGUUCAAGGACCCUGAACAGACGACCUUCAUCUGUGUGUGCAUCGCCGAGUUCUUGUCCUUGUAUGAGACGGAGCGGCUGAUCCAGGAGCUGGCUAAGUGCAAGAUUGACACCCACAACAUCAUCGUCAACCAGCUCGUCUUCCCUGACCCUGAAAAACCCUGCAAGAUGUGUGAAGCUCGUCACAAGAUCCAGGCCAAAUACCUGGACCAGAUGGAAGACCUGUAUGAAGACUUUCACAUUGUGAAGCUGCCACUGUUACCCCACGAGGUUCGGGGAGCCGACAAGGUCAACACCUUCUCUGCCCUGCUCCUGGAGCCCUACAAGCCCCCCAGCACCCAAUAGCACCACCACUCACCCCAGCUGCUGCCACUGACACCCCUUCUUUCUCCUGGGGCAGAGUUUGCACAAAGUCCCCCAUGGUACGGGGGAGCCAUUUAGGAGGUGGGAAGUUGGGAGGGGAUCUGUUCCCCCUGGUGGGGCCUGGGGAGGCUGCAACACCCCCCACCUCUCCCUGCCUCACACUCCUCAAUAAAAUAAUCUUAAACA